AUGGAAGAAAUUCGAUCUUACACCCUCACUGAUAAUGUUACAGGAGAUGUUGAUUAUUAUAAAAAAUGCAUUGAAUUGCAAAAAGAAAAUAACGAAUAUAAGAAUAUAAUAGAAAUCAUAGAAUAUGAAACAACUAAAUCAAAAGAAAAUGAAAAAAAAUUACAAGAAGAGUUAUCCGGUGAAAAACAAAAAUCUGAUUAUCUAAAUAAUUCUUAUAAACAAUUAACCAAGGAAAAUUCUGAUUUGCAAAAAAUAAAUGAGGAAAUCAAGAAUAUAAUGGAAGUAACAAAAUAUGAAAAAAACGAAUCAAUAGAAAAUGGAGCAAAAUUACAAGAAGAAUUAUCCAUCAUAAAACAAAAAUUUAAUCAUCUAUAUGAAGCUUACGAACAAUUAUCUAAACAAAAUGCAGAAGAUAGAAGGAUUGAUGAAAUUGAUGAAGUUGCUAUGGGAGAUGGAUUAAAGUUCCGCAUAAGUGACGAUCAUGAAGAUAAUUCAGCUCAUCUUGCAACUGAUGUGAUUACAGUACUACAACGUUAUAUUCUGGAACAAGUUUUGAAAUGGGCAGAUGAUUAUUUUGAAGUUAAAGAACAUGAUGAUUUAGAUCAUCCUUCUAAUCAAGAAAAAUAUAUCGUAAACCAUACAAAUCAAUUAUUGGAUUUUCUUAAUAACCAAUUUUAUCCUACUAAUUUCAUACAAGAUAAUAGUAGUAUGGUGAUUAAAGACAUUCCAACAAAAAUACGACAGUUUACAUAUCUCGCAUUAACUGAACUUGGAUUCUCUGGAACUGAACAAGAACAUUCAUUUAUAUCACGCACAGCAAAAAAACUUAAUCGACUAAUGACCAGAUAUCGUGUUAUCAAAGAUGAAAAUAAAAGAAAGAAUGUAGAAGACAUGGCAGAAGGUCUUGUCAAAGAAAUUGUCAGGAUAUUUAAAUUCUUAUUAUUAGUUCAAGAACCUAAAUGCAAAGUACAUUGGUUUACGAACAAUGCAAAGCUAGAUUUUAGAUUUAUGAAAGUUUUAUCAUGGGAUGAUGGGAAUGUGGAUGAUUAUGUUAUGGAGAUUUGUUUUUUUCCCUUUAUAGGAAUAAUGGAUUCGGAUGGCAAUCCUAGUAAAUUGAUUACUCAUGCAAGAGUCUAUCCUCGAAAUAUUACAAACCCUCAAGAAACACAAGAUAUGUCGAAGAAUAUAUCAUCAGCAGUAUCAGAAAACUUGCUUCAAUCUGAAAAUCUACAAGAUGCAGAAUGA